AUGGAUAUGAAAGUGCGAGAACUGGAACAGAAGCAGAAGCAAUUUGAUGAUCGCCUUGCGUUUGAGAGGGAGCAGGCCCAAGCUAAGCUUCAGUUUGACAUGGAAGUUCAGGCAAACAACCGAAACGUGAUCCUCGAGUGUGCAAAAAUUUUCAGUGCAGCGUUGGUCAACAAAGAUUAG